AUGCCACUGAAGGAUCCACUCGCAACCAACCCCCUCAAACCAGCCCAGAAAUCAAAGGCUUCUUCUCAAAAUGCUGCUUUGCUCAUUCGCAGACCGAUCGCGACAAACUCGCGUAUCAAGCAAGGUGAAAACCUGCGUCGUGACAUGUAUCUUGCUUUUGUGAAUAACGCUCUCCAGGAGCAAUCCCAGGGGAAGAGUGGUCCAUUUAAUGAACUUGUUAACCAGUUUUCAUUGAAACCGUCAUCUAACGGGGAGCCCCCACAAACCCAGCCGGGCCAGUUGAGGUUUUGGAUCCUCGCAUUGUCGCAUGUCGUUUCUCGCCUCGAACGUAGACAUUCUGCUCUUGUGGAGGCGAUUGUGAAUAUGCCGUGGAUGACGCUUGAUUCCGCAACUGUGAAAUCAUACACAGUCUUCAUUGGUAUGCUUCUCAGUGCGCGACCGGAAUACCUCUCCCUCGUUUUAUCCAAGAUUGUCCAGGGAUUCACACAUCAAUCUGGCAUUCAAGCUCUUGAUCUGGCCAUGCCCGAAGGUUCCUCGAAACCGCUCACACGACGUCUAAUUUACGAUCGCCUGCACUAUCUCCUCAACCAUAUCUUGUCCCUCAUUCCAACUCUACCCUCAACCUUGCAGCCAAUCCUUGUUCGCUAUUUCCCCCACAAACGACAGAACCAACUGGCGCAAGCGACUUACAUUCGCAACUUGCUCCGGAUAUCGGCCUAUUGUCCCGCCCUGACAGACAAGAUCCUUGCGACCAUCAUUGACCGCGCUAUUCAAAUCGAUGUUGAGAUUCAAGUAGAGUUGGAAGAGCUGGAAGGGGAGGGUGAAGACGAUGACCUUCAACACGACGUCUUCGAAUUUGAUCCGUUCGACGUUGUGGUCGGCCAAGAAGGCGACCAAUUCAAUUCGGAUGACGAGGACGAUGGAGAGGGAGAUGAUGACGACUUUGCUGCAGAAGAUGACUUCAGUGAUCUAUCCUCUGAGGGAGGAGAAUAUGACGAGGAGCGUACAGACGUGCCCACGAACGUCAAACACGUCCAAGAAAUGGUCAAAAAGCUAGAUGCAAUAUUGACUCUAAUGUUUGAGCAUUUCAAUCGCGCCCUCACCCAAUAUAUCCCCGAAUCUUCUUCGAAAGAACAGGAUAGGGAUUCCUCACCCGACUUGUCGCUAUCGACCCCGUCGUCACCGACGAUAUCCACCCUGACGCACUCGACACUCACCCCACCACCAACCCGACCUACAUAUGCUUCCCGCGCUGAUACCCUUCGCACAACCUUCCACGCCCUCCUCUCCAUCUUCGACCGCACGAUCCUCAGCACCUUCAAAUCCCGUUAUACCCAAUUCCUCCUCUUCUGGUAUACCUCACUCGACCCCGAAUUCGCCGACAUCUUCCAAGGCAUGCUCGUCGACCGCGCCCUCUUCUCCCCGUCCGAUACGGGAUCCUCUAGCGGCCCCUCCUCCACAGCCGAAGUCAAUCGCGCAGCUGCCGCGUCUUACAUCGGAAGUUUUGUCAGUCGCGCAACGUUUGUGGACCGCGAAGGCACACGACGUGUCGUCGGGGUCCUUUGCGACUAUCUUGGUGCCCAUCUUGACGGUGUAGACGAGGCUAUUCGUGAACAUGGGCCUUCAUGGAUUGCCAACACCACCUCGGCGCAACAUACAGUGUUCUAUGCAGUCACCCAGGCUGUCUUUUUGAUAUUCUGUUUCAGGUGGAGGGACUUGCAGGAGGAUUUGGAGUUUGAUGAUGAGGUUUUGUCAACGGUUGUUGGAGCGAAGGUUGCGAAGGACAAAUGGAUACCGCAUUUGCAGGUUUUGAAGAGGGUGGUUUUGUCGGUGCUCAACCCGCUCAAGGUCUGCUCCAGCGGUGUAGUCGAGCAAUUCGCCAAAGUCGCCCAACAAACCGACUUCAUGUAUUGCUACAGCGUCCUCGAGUCGAACAAGCGCUCGGAAUACAGUGGGGCAAACAGUAACGGCUCGCCUUCGCGUUCCAUGCACCCGUCAUUCCUCCGUGGCAGGCUUAAUGACGAACUGAACACAUUCUUCCCAUUCGAUCCCUACCGCCUACCCAAGUCCAAUUCGUUCAUCCAGAGCGUGUACAGGGAAUGGUCAGAUGUUGCUAUUGAUGAGGAAGACGAUGAUGACGAAGAAGAGGAUGAAGAUGGCGAGGGGGAGGAUAGCAGCAGUGAUGAGGACGGGGAUGAAGAAAAGGACGAAGACCAAGACGGUGAAGAAGAGAGCCCUGUUAAGAAGUCUGACUAUCUUGAUAUACCACGGCCGAAACAGCAGCAGCAGGAUGACGAUGGUGGCCUCGGAGAGUCGCUGGUUGCUAUGAGUAUCAGUCCUCGGGUGAGCGCUUCGGUUACGAUGGGUUCUUCACCGACGAUAUCCAUGUCGCUGUCGUGA